GGACCAAAACCGCUGGAAUCAUGCUCGCCCGUGCCCAGUACCCCCGCCAUUGUUGAAAAAGGAAGUCAACAAUGAGAAGUGAGGGAAACUGAUUUCUUCUUGGAGUGAAAUCUGCUUGCAGGCUAGAAAAUGUGGAAGCUUUUCCUUCGUCCAAACAGACCCUUCUUCAUUUCCGGACCCAAACCAAAGCUUAUCUCUACUACCGUGCCCUCCAGUUGUACAUUCAAGAAUUCAGAGCACACCCAAUCUGACGAUGAUGACGAAAAUUUCAUAGGAACCCUAAACGCCAUUGUUAGGGGGAAGCAGAGCUGGAAAAUCGCCCUUACCGACCCGCUCAUUUCGACCCGGCUAAACCCGACCCACAUCGAGCGGGUCCUUCUUCGUAACCUACACGACUCCAGGUUAGCUCUGCGCUUCUUCAAUUUCUUGGGCCUUCACUUCGGCUUUCACCAUUCCACCGCAUCUUUCUGCAUUCUGGUUCAUGCUUUAGUACAGUCGAGUCAUUUCUGGCCUGCUUGUUCGCUCUUGCAGACCCUUCUUCAGAGGGGACUGAACCCCAGAUUAGUUUUCGAUGAAUUUGUUAAUUCCUACAAAAGAUCUGAUUUUUCUUCCACUUCCGGGUUCGAUUUGCUGAUCCAGAGCUAUGUUCAGAAUAGGAAAGUAGUGGAUGCUGUGUUGAUUAUGAGGCUGAUGGGAGAUUUAGGAAUAAUUCCCGAGGUUAGGACUUUGGGUUCUGUUUUCGGUGGAGUUAUCCGAAUUAGGCAAUACAAUUUGGCUAUCAGUUUGUUUGAAGAGGUUGUGGGGUGGGGUGUUCGGCCAGAUUGCUACGUGUACACAGCUGUGGUCAAGAGUUUUUGUGAGCUAAAGGAUGUUAACAAGGCCAAGGAAAUGGUGAAGCGUGCUGAGAAGAGUGGGUGCGAGUUGAAUGUCUAUAUGUAUAAUACAUUGAUUCAUGGGUUGUGCAAGUGUGGGGGUGUGGUGGAGGCCAUUGAGGUGAAAAACUUGCUGGGUUGCAAGGGGUUGAAAGCUGAUUUGGUCACAUACCAUACUCUGGUUCUUGGGUUCUGUAGAGUGAAUGAAUUCCAUCUUGCUCAAGAAUUGGUGGAUGAGAUGUUGGGGUUGGGCUUUAUUCCGAGCGCGGGUGUUUUAUCCACUGUGGCCGAUGGGCUGAGGAGAAAUGGGGAUCUUAAGGCUUCGUUUGCCUUGGUUGUUCAGGGAAUGAAGGUUGGCGUGGUGCCGGGUUUAGUUUCUUAUACCGAUUUAAUGAAUUCGUUAUCUAAAGAUGGGAAAUUUGAAGAGGUAAUGUUUCUUUGGGGGGGAAUGAAAGCGAACGGGCUGUUACCAAAUGGAAUAACUUACUCGGUCAUUAUCGACACACUGUGCAAAAAUGGGAAAUUGGAUACAGCGAUUGAGGUCUUCAACGACAUGCUUCGUUCCGGGACAGAACCAUUUGUUUACCCUUACAACUCUCUGAUCAAUGGCUACUGCAAGGCAGGAAAUUCUCGCGCAGGCCAUUGUAUGCUCAAGAAGAUGUUUGAUAGAGGAAUCUACCCAACAGUCGUGACAUAUACAUCAUUAAUAGAUGGCUACUUCAAGGAAGGGGAGAUUCACAAGGGGCUUAAACUUUUUUAUGAGAUGACAGGAAGAGGGAUUUUGCCAAAUACUUACACCUUCACGGCACUUAUCUCUGGUCUUUGCAAUGCCAAUUUGCUUGUUGAAGCAACUAAAAUGUUCAAUGAGAUGGUGUUUAGGUAUAAUGUCACUCCAAAUGAGGUGACCUAUAAUGUCAUGAUUGAAGGGCAUUGCAAAGCCGGAAACACUGCUAAGGCAUUUGAGUUCUUUGGUGAGAUGACAAAGAGGGGUCUCUCCCCUGAUACGUACACAUAUAGGUCUCUAAUAAUGGGUCUUUGCUCUAUAGGUAGAACAAAUGAAGCAGAGAAGUUCAUGGAAGAACUUAAAAAGGAAAGCCACAAAUCAAUCGUGAUGUGCUUCUCUGCUCUUCUCCAUGGUCUUUGCAUGGAGGGAAGAGUCAAAGACGCAUUGACUGCCAUUGAUGGGAUGAAGAUGGAUGUCGUUUGUUACGGCGCGCUCAUACACGGGGCAUUGAAACACGACAAGAAACAACUAAUGACCAUAUUGAAAAAGAUGCACGAAGACGGUUUGAGCCCAGACAAUGUGAUUUACACCAACCUCAUUGAUGCAUAUGGGAAAGGAAGCAAUCUCAAGAAGGCAUUUGGCUGUUGGGACAUAAUGAUGAGUGAAGGGAAUGCUUCUCCUAAUGUUCUAACCUACACCGUGUUGAUAAACGGUUUGUGUAAGGCUGGAUUAGUUAAUAAAGCAGAGAUCUUGUGCAAAGAGUUGAUUUGUAUUGGUUUGGUGCCAAAUGGGUUCACUUUUUCUUGUUUUCUUGACCGCCUAACUAGAGACGGGUCAAUGGAGAAGGCAGUGGAGUUGCAUGACACCAUGAUGAAGGGCUUUCUUGGAAAUGUUGUCACUUACAACAUACUGAUUCGGGGUUUUUGUGCAUCGGGUGAAAUGGACAAAGCCAACGAGACAUUAGUUGAGAUGGGCAAGAAAGGGAUCAUUCCAGACUGCGUUAGUUAUUCCACUGUUAUCCAUGAGCUGUGUAGGAGGGGCGAUUUGGAGGGUGCGAUGAGGAUGUGGGGUUCCAUGGUUGGUGGUGGGGUGCAACCCGAUCGGGUGGCUUAUGAUCUUUUAAUAUAUUGGUGCUGUGUUGCUAGAAAACUGGAUAAGGCGGCUGAAUUGCGCGACGAGAUGGUAAAUAGAGGUCUAAAGCCCAAUAAAAGAACACAAAUUUUAUUGGCACAUUGAACAUUUGCUUUUCUCACUAUUGGAUGCUACUGGUUCCAAUGAGGGGACACGUAGUAUGACGAAGCACGUGGCGGAAGAGGCAAAAGAGUUGGAAUCAGAGAAGAAGCUUCUGGAAGCACGUCGUCUCGAGACGGGUGAAUUCAAAUGGAAGAACAAGGUUCAAGCAAUUGCAGGUCAGGAUGAAUUCGAAUGAAGAAGCCUAUCGAUGAAUUGGAAUUGGGUUGGAAUCAGAAUCAGAGAAGAAGCACAUCGUCUGAAGAAUGAAGAGACUACGAAUGAUUUCAACAAAUCGAAGAAGGUUCAAACAAUUGCAGGUCAAAAUAUACACAUUUAAUUAGUGUAUUCAUUUAUAAUGUUCCAUGAAUACAAUAAUUAAAUGUGGACAAUAUUUAAAGUGGUUUGGCACUUUGGCUACUCCGAACACCAGCAACGUGUGUUACAAUUGUCUGUGUGUGUCUCCCCGGGGCUUCAAACUGGGGCUUCAAACCUUCAUUUUUUUACAUUUUUAAAUAUACAUCUUCUAAAUUUAAAUUUAUAAUUUUAAAUUAAUUUAUUAUUUUAUUUAAUCGCAAUGACACUAUUGCAUACUUCCUCCGUCCCACUAUAUUUGUCCACUUUCAUUUUUGCACACCAUCCAAUACACUUCUUUAAUCCAUUUUAUCUUGUAAUUUGUAUAUUAAAAAAUUAUAGAAAUUAUAUAUUAAUAAUCUAUAUGUUAAGAC